GCUAGCCAUGUGAUGUGUCUGGAGAAGUUUGCUGUUUUUCUUCCUCGCAGCACAUAAUAAUGCAAUAUUGUGGGGGCAAUUAUACACUAACAGACACUAUUAAUAUAAGAAGAAACCUCAUAAACUAAUAUAGUUUGCCAACUGGCUCAUGUGCACAUUAUUAGUGCAUAUAGUUGUCAAGUUUAUCUGUCUCUUGGUUUUUACACUCAUUUGAUACGGAAUACCAGAGUAAAAUAAUUAUAAAAAUAUAAAUUUUUAUAUUUUUAAAAAAAUAAAAUAAGAAAGAAUAAAUGUAAAAAAUUUAAACGUGUCAAAUAAUCAUUUUUCUAUUCCAUAUUAUUCUUCUAGCAGUAUCUUACUCUUCCUGACAACCUUAUUUAGUCUUAACCAUCUUUCUUUUCCCAUGUUAUGCAGUUUUCAUUUUAAAUCUAGGUCUCUUUCAGAAGAACAAAACUAAUGAAUGACAACCAACUAGACCAACCAAUAAAUUGUAUCAUGUAGGAAUUAUAAUAGUAUAAAUUUUUUGACUCAAAGAAAUAAGGGCACUCAAGUAAAUUGACCUUCAAAGUCUGGUUCUUUUUGGAUCUCAUUAUCAACUCUCCAUUGGCCAUAUCUCAGUGGUCCUAGAUUAUAACUCCAAAAUCUAAUGUGAGUGUGACUGAGAAGAACCAAGAUGGGCAAUCUUUCAAGUCCCAACAGAAUAUUGGCGUUUCUCUUCCUCACAUUGGUCCAAAUCCAAAGCAAGGUGUUUUGCUACCAAUACAAAGUUGGAGAUCUUGAUGCUUGGGGCAUACCCACCUCAACAAAUCCACAAGUCUACAAAAAAUGGUCCACAUAUCACAAUCUCACAAUUGGAGAUUCCCUCCUGUUUCUAUACCCACCAAGCCAAGAUUCAGUGAUUCAAGUUACUGAAGAAUCCUACAACAAGUGCAACAUCAAAGACCCUAUCUUGUACAUGAACAAUGGAAACUCUUUGUUUAACAUUACAUCGAAGGGCCAAUUCUACUUCACUAGUGGUGUGGCUGGCCAUUGCCAAAAGAAUCAGAAACUUCAUGUAGCUGUAGGUGAAGGAAUAUCAGAAAAUGUGGAUGCUGCAUCUUCUCCUGCAUCUGCACCCUCUUAUCCCACAGUAUUUGGCAAUAUUCCAGUAGCUGCUUCUACCUCAACCCCAACCUCAACCUCAUCUCAACUCACUUCAACUUUUCAACUUCUCAUCAUUGGAUUUCUGAUAUCUGCACUCUUUUCUACCCUAUGUGAUGCCAAAAUGCCCUUACCUUUACCAUUACAGGCUUAAAUCAACAGGUUUGAGUAUUAGCUACGUAACUAUGUUAAAUAUUUUUAGAGGGAGUUUUGUCAGUAAUCAUAUCAUUGGUGCCUCUAUGUGAAAAGAUGUCAGUGUCAAUGUCAAUGCUCAAUAAUUCAUCAUGUUGAUUUAUUUUUUGAGUUUACCCUUUUCAUAACAAGGGCCUACUUAUACAUUACAGCAUUAUUCUUUCACCAUUGUGAUACUUUGUGAUGUUUCAAUCCUUCAUUUAUCAGAGAGGAAUUUGAC